AUGGUUUACAUGAAGCAACCACCGGCAGACGAUGUCAUCGCCUGCCAAACAGCCAUGUUUGAAUGGGCUGAAAGCUACGAUACCAAAGACUGGGACCGCUUCCUAGCCAACGCCGCUCCAACCCUCCUCAUCGACUACCGCCUCCUCAUGGACAAGUACUGGGAAGCCAUCCCCUCAGCCGAGUUCAUCGAAAUGGUCAAAGACCCCGGAUUCCUCGGCAACCCCCGAGUCAAAUCCCAGCACUUUGUCGGCGUCUCCCGCUUCGUGCAGGAGAGUGAGGACUACAUCAUCGGCACGCACCAGAUGCGCGUGACGCAUCAGAGGUACAAGGACGAUGAGUUGACUGAGGUGCAGCGUAGGGGACAUGCUUCGGGGAAUUGUACGGUGCAUUAUAAGCGCAUUGAAGGCGUGUGGAAGUGGGCUGGGUUGUUGCCGGGUAUUCGGUGGAAGGAGCAUGAGUUUGAUAAGAUUUUUUAUACUUAUGAUUAG